AUAGUACCUCAGCCUUCGGAAGUCAUUGCAACUGCUUCCUCUUGCCCACAAUCAUUCCACCGUCUCCCCCCCAAACAGUAUUGUGUACUUUUUCUCUUUCCACCAACAUACCACCUCAAAUGCGAAAACCCGACCAGGUCACGACGACAACCAUAGGUCCCGAUUGCUAUCGUCCUCCCUACGCCCCAACUGCACUUGCAGCUUAUCGCAACACCAAUCUCACCUGCUCGAUCCCGAUCCCCCGCCUAAGCAUCGUCCUCGCUCAGCGCAUGGUGGGGUUUGGCUGAAUCGAAUCGAACCGACCUGGACUGGACCGAUCUGAAUUUUCCAGCAUAACGAUCACGAUGCCUCAACGACAGUCGCUCACCUCCUCAUUCUCAAUCACCGAUGCAAACAACGAAGUCGUCUGCCCACUGCGAAAUCAAGAUGGCUCCAGUUGCCGCAAGCGAUGCAUUGGUGAAAAGAGAUACCGCUCUAUGCAGGAGCACAUCCGACGAGCACACCCCGAACACUACAUACCGAAGCUCCCCGCAACCGAGGAGAGCUUCCUUCUGAUGAUUAACACCCCGCCGCAAGAUAGGUCCCAACUUCAGCAGCAGCAGAACAAUGCCAAUGGCGGUGCUAUGAACGGUGGCAUGAACGGUGGUAUGCCCCAUGGCAAUCAUGCCGUACAGCCCAUUGUGCCUCCGAGAGGGUACCAGCAGAUGAACCAUACUCAUGCAUAUUUCCGAGACGACUCAGCCGCCCCCGACACGCCCAGAGGCCUGGCAGACUUUGCUGGCGGCGCGAUGCUGCCCACCGAGAGUGCUGCAGCUGCUUUGGCACAGCUGGGACAAGCACAAAGGAUGGAUUCAGGCUGGGAUUCUGGCGAGGAAUGGCAAUCUGAUACCGACGGGCCUCGAAUUCCCAGGAGCACCAUCGAGCUCCCGCCCAUUAAUAACAUCGAUCCUACGAGCGAACCUUUCCCCUCUAUGAAUUCCGUCCGACAGCAACAAAGAGACUUGUUGCCGUCUAUUCUUUCUAACUCACCGCCUGCUGGGCGAUCAUCUACACUCCCUCCUUUGCAACGACCGCUCGGUCCUAACCGACGCAGAAAGCAAUCCGUCACCAAGCCAGGGCACAAGAAGCAGAAGUCCAGAGGACAGCAAGCGGCCGACUGGCUGAGGAGAAUCCAAAAUGAUGACCACUAUGGAAAGCGUUGGGAGGACCUUAUCGAUGCAGCCGCGUCAGCAACUGAAGACAUAGAGGAUGAUAGAACUCCUGUGCCGCAAUCACCUAUCUCCAUGCAUCGUGCAUCCAUGCCUCCCUUCCCUCAUAAUAACGUCCAGACCUAUCAUGGCUACCAGGCCUCGCCCCUGCAGCAGGCUCUGACUCCUCCUUCCUUUCAUCAGGAGAUGCCCGAGCCUUUCCCCAGUGUGGAAAGCGGCGAGAGCGGCGACCAGUUUCACAUCGGAGCUACCGGGCUCUCAGACUCCUCCCCGAGCUACUCAUCCCAAGACGUUCAUAUAUAUUGCGCUGCGUGCCAGAAGAGCUCCAAGCUCAAGGAGUCUUAUGCAUGCACAGAGUGCAUCUGCGGUUUGUGCCGCGAAUGCGUCAAUGUACUGAUGGAAGAGCAGGGUGCCCGAAGGAAAUGCCCGCGCUGUGCUACUAUUGGUGGCCGGUUCAAACCAUUUCAGCUGGACAUCCGAUGAGAACUCGCCCCAGCACAACGCGCGCCCUCGCUCGAGCGGUUGAACGUCAUCCGCUAUUUAGAUCCCCUUCUUCAGGCUAUACCGUAGCGUACCUAUGGCCUGGUUA